AUGGUGAAGGGAAAUCAAACCAAUGUGAAGGAAUUUAUUCUGCUUGGGUUCCCUGGCUCUCGGUAUUUGCAGAUCUCACUCUUCAUGAUAUUCUUGUUAAUAUACCUCCUGACAUUCACAGGAAACACCACCAUCAUAUCCUUAGUGUGGACCCACCGUUGUCUCUGCACCCCUAUGUACUACUUCCUCUGCAAUCUCUCCUUCCUGGAGAUCUGGGUCACCACAGCCUACAUUCCCAAAAUUCUUGCCAAUCUCAUGUCACAAAGCAAAACUAUCUCCUUCCCCAGCUGCCUCCUGCAGAUGUACUUUGUUUUCUCCCUAGGCUGCACUGAAUUUCUACUCCUGGCAGUCAUGGCCUAUGAUCGCUAUUUGGCCAUAUGCCACCCAUUGCGUUAUCACUCCAUCAUGAACAGCACCUUGUCCACUCAGUUGGCCCUUGGCUCAUGGGUAGGUGGUUUCCUGACUAUUUCUGUGCCAAUGUUUCUGAUCACCAGGUUGUCCUUCUGUGGCCUUACAGUCAUCAGCCAUUUCUUCUGUGACAUAGAUUCUUGGAUAGCGCUGUCCUGCACAAACACACACCUGGUUGAAAUGGUGUACAUUGCUCUUUCCUUUAUUGUUGUUCUGGGGUCCUGUGUGGUCACCCUUGGCUCCUACAUUUACAUCAUCUCCACCAUCAUGAGAAUCCCAUCUGCCCAAGGCCAGGAAAAGGCCUUUUCCACUUGCUCUGCCCAUUUCAUCAUUGUGGUUAUGUUGUACAGCUGCUCCAUCUUUCUGUACGUCAAGCCUUCUAAACAGAACUCACUGGACAUGAACAAAAUUGUCUCUGUCUUCAAUACUAUUGUGACACCAUUGCUUAACCCUUUCAUUUACACUCUAAGAAACAAAGAUGUCAAAGAAGUCAUGAUAAAGGCUUUCAGUAGGACAUGA